AAUAAAAAAAUUUAAAAAUGGGAACGUUGGUCACGUGGCUUGAUCAAUGCUUUGAUUCAUUCACCGUAAUUUCUAGCUAACCACCGUCGAAGCUUUCUCUUACCGAUCUUUCAAUGGCGAUUCUCAAAUCUCACUUCUUCUCACUCUUCCCUCUUCUUCUUCUUCUUCACUUUCCCACCGUUUCCUUCGCUCAGACGCUUUUUGUGUUCGGCGAUGGUCUUUACGACGCCGGAAACAAACAGUUCCUCUCUCAGAACCGAGUUGACGCAAGCUUUCCUCCUUAUGGAGUCACUGUAGGACAAGCCACCGGACGGUGGUCCGAUGGUUCUAUCGUUCCUGAUUAUCUUGCUAAUUUCAUGGGAAUUCCUCGAAUCUUUCCGAUUCUCCUAACCACGGGGGAUUUUUCUCACGGAGCUAAUUUCGCCAUCGCCGACGCCUCUGUACUCGGCUCUCCUCCAGAGACGAUGACUUUGUCACAACAAGUGAGGAAAUUCUUGGAAAACAAGAACAAAUGGACAAAUCAAACACGUUCUGAAGCUAUCUACUUGUUCUACAUCGGUUCUGAUGAUUACUUGAACUAUGCUAAGAAUAAUCCAAGUCCAUCAGAUGAUCAGAAACAAGCUUUUGUUGAUCAAGUCGUCACUACCUUAAAAGCAGAAAUAAAGGUGGUUUACGGGUCAGGCGGAAGGAAGUUUGCGUUCCAGAACUUGGCACCUUUGGGUUGCUUACCGGCUGUGAAACAAGCAAGCGGAAAUGUUCAAGAAUGCGUGAAAUUGCCUUCAGAAAUGGCUGCUUUGCAUAACAAGAAACUUUUGCAGCUCUUGGUUGAACUUUCACGAGAACUCAAUGGUUUCCAGUACUCGUUUUACGACUUCUUUAGCUCGAUCCAAAACAGAGUUAUCAAGUCUAAGACUUACACAUUCGAGACAGGAAUCGCUGCUUGUUGUGGAACUGGCUCUAUCAACGGGAGCGAUUGCUCUGCUAAAAAUGUAUGUGCCAAGCCUGAAGAGUAUAUCUUCUUUGACGGUAAGCAUUUGACGCAAGAAGCGAACCUUCAAGUCGGGCAUUUGAUGUGGGGAGCAGAUCCGGAAGUGAUUGGACCGAACAAUAUCAGGGAGCUUAUGGUCCUUCCUCUAGAACUUACCGUCAUCUUAGCUGAUAUACAGGAAGCUAUGGCUGCCAUGAGACCGAGACAGAGCAACAUUGAGAGUCUCUAUGAUAUCAAGAAGAUGGAAUCAGAGAUGGCGAAUCAUUGGCUUUAUCAAGUUGACAAAGCUAGCUCCUUUAUGAUAUAAGAUUGUGGUUACAAUAUGAUCUAAGGCAGAGAGUAUAAGAGCUAGUGUAACAAGGAAACUAGACAAGAAAACUGAAGGAAACAUCCUAUUUUUGUUUAGUAAUAAAACAAGGGUAACAAUCGUCCUUAUUAAGU